UUGAACGGGGAGACUCUAUUUUGUGUAGCUUUCAUCUCAGCCUCGACAAUCUCUUUCACGAUUGAUCUUGAACGUCCAUCAGUGAAAACCCCCGCGAUUGACCAUCGCAAGACACCAUGGACCCGAAGCCGGUCUACCCUGUGCUGCCUGAUUGGCCGAUCGACAAAGAUAUCUACACGGGCUUCUGGGUCAAUCGAUCGCUAGGGGGAUUUCGCGCCGCCACAAUCACACUCGAUCAGAGCGCCUGGAAUUUGUUCAUCGCGUUCGUUGCUUUGUUCGUCGGAGCGACUGCGCGGAGCCUCUGGAAACUUGUGCGCUUUACAUUUCACCACGCACACUCAACUGGUAUCGCUAGUGAUGGUAUUCACAAUCAGCGACAGGCGGUGCUGCGCAACACGUCUCUGGCGACAGACGCGGCUGUGCAAGCACUGGAGAUCAGCCAUGUCUGGCGCCAUCGAGCGAAAGGUCGCUUUGGAGGCAGACUAAGAGCUCUCACUCUUCUCGGAAUAGCUGUUGCUAUUUCAUUACUGACAACGGCCGCAAGUUUCUUCUCAUCCAAGCUAUUUGAAAGGACCACAAGCGAGGUACUGAUCUCAGGGCGACACUGCGGCACAUUGCCAUUCGGGUAUCCGAUCAACAUGACCUCGCAGGUCGGGCGAACCAUGGAGUACAACUCGCAGAAGUCCUGGGAAGACUACUCGUAUGCGACCAGAUGCUACACGAACGCAAGUGCUGCUGGAUGCGAUAUAUUCGCCACACCUGCGUUACCUUACACUUCUGACAGCAAUGCGCCAUGCCCGUUCGCCCCCGAGUUGUGUAAACUCGGUUAUGGCAAUCUCCUGCUCGACACCGGUGAGAUCGAUUCACUUGAACACUUAGGUAUAAACAAAGGCCCGCGGUUCACGUUGCGAUAUCGCACUCACUGCGCACCUGUGGUCACUCGGAACUUCACAACGGUGUCGCGAAUCCAGAAUACGACCAGAACCUUUGUGAUGUACAAUUAUGGUGAGAAUAGGGAUUAUGGCGGCGCAACGCACUGGGUCGAACGUAAUGAUAGAAGCGUCAUGACUUAUACUGGAGCGUACAAACUACGACACGUCGACGAGUAUGACUACAACUUCAUCCCCCAGCUUGCCGAAGCGAACGGACUGGUAUCCCUGAUUUUUCUUGAGGCUGCUGAGAUCAAGUACUACUACAAAACUCACGAUCCAUGGUUUUCCGCCACGACUCCUAUAUCUAGUCACAAUACAGCACUUAACGCUACCGAAGCCGAAGAGGCCGCAAAAAACGGCAUGUAUUUCGCGGAUGACGUGCAGGUACUUGGAUGCGCCACGGAGCGCUUCUUUUGCAAUCCAGCUCGACCAGACCUUGACUGCAUCAACACAUUUGGGCGCAACAAGUCGGUCUAUGCCAUUGAAAAAGCAUGGCCAAACCCUCGGGACCAGUAUCAAGUAUAUCCGUUCCUUGUGGCAACAUACCAGCAUGCCGUCGCAAAAGGACAACCUGACGCAUUCUAUGAUCUUGUCAGCGCGCCCAUUCUGCUGGCUCGGAAUACAAUGGUGGGAAAUGAACAAACAGCUCUACUGCCCUCCAACCAAUGGCAGUUAGAGCGAGAGCACAUCUUCAAAGUCACUCUGGCUGCGUGGCAAUCUAGUAUGGUAGCCUAUGCAAGAGGUGGUUGGUGGGGACACCUGAGUUGCAAUUCAGAGUUUCAAUGUGAGAGAAUGUGUCACAGCCAACGGAUUCGGUCAGCCAGCUUUCACUCUAUCAGUACGUGGGUACUGGUCAUAUUCCUGUUAUCUGGGGUCAUUUUUAUGAUUGCUGUGCUAUAUCUAGAAGAACUUUUCGACCUGUUGCUGGAUCGCACUCCUCUGGGUAAAAACGAGCAACUAAAGCGCGGCCAUGCCGAGUGGAAAGCGGGAUCGACGCUGCAGCUUCAACGCAUAGCUCAUGAAAAUCUCGGACUGGACUUCUGGAAGAGAACCGACGGGUCGGUCCCCGUAACGACCACAAAAGAUGCGGUCUUGGGUGUAUUCAACAUUACGGAUAAGAAACAUGCUCGUCUGGAGCUUCCACAAACAGGGACUAAGAGCUUGACUUCACAUAGCAGUGUUCUGGCUGAUGAGACGCUGAAUGAAGAAGUCGUGGACGGCGCAGACCUGGGGGAAGGGAGACUCAACGUACACGGCCGAUUGCAGUAUCAAAGAAUCCCCAGCGUUGAGCAUGGCUCUACCUGGUGAUCACUAUUAGCUUGAGUUGUAGAAGUGGGCCCUCUCGCCGAAUACGCUUGUACUGUAUAGCCAGAAGUUGAACGAACAGGCAGUCCGAGUCAGAUAACAAAAACAGAUUGAAUAAA